GUUAUCUUCAUAUAUGUGUGUUGAGACAAAUAAAAGUAAAAAAUAGAGUCAAGUGAAGGGGAAAAAAAAAAGACAAUAUGGGAUUUCAACGUUUUACUACAUGCUUUUUGUUAGCACUUUGUAUACUAAGCCAAAGUUUAACAAAAGGUACAUUUGGUUUUGCAUGCAACUGGGGAACACGUACAACACAUCCUCUUCCACCUGAAAUACUUGUGAAGCUUAUGAAGGACAAUGGAAUUAACAAAGUGAAGCUGUUUGAAGCUGAACCAACGGCAUUAAAGGCUCUUGGGAAAUCUGGCAUUCAGGUUAUGGUUGGCAUACCCAAUGACAUGUUGGAUUUACUUGCUACCAGUGUCAAUAAUGCUAUUGCAUGGGUCGACCAAAAUGUAUCCUCUUACAUAUCCAAAAUUGGGGUCGAUAUAAGGUAUGUUGCUGUAGGCAAUGAAGCUUUCCUAAAAACAUACAAUGGUAGAUUUGUGCAAUCAACAUUUCCAGCCAUAAAAAACAUUCAAGCAGCACUUAUAAAAGCAGGGUUAGGAAGACAAGUAAAGGUGACAACACCAUUAAAUGCUGAUGUUUACCAAAGUGAUAGUGGUCUUCCAUCAGGUGGAAACUUUAGACCAGACAUUCAAAAUCAAAUGAUUUCAAUAAUCAAAUUUCUUAGCCAAAAUGGUGGCCCUCUUACAUUUAACAUCUACCCUUUUCUUAGCCUUGAUGCUGAUCCAAAUUUUCCUAAAGAAUUUGCUUUCUUUGAUGGUUCUGCUUCCCCUGUAGUUGAUGGUUCAAUUUCUUACACUAAUGUUUUUGAUGCAAACUUUGAUACACUCAUUUCAUCUCUUGAAAAAAAUGGUUUUGGUUCAAUGGAUGUUAUAAUUGGUGAAGUCGGUUGGCCAACUGAUGGAAAUUCAAAUGCUAAUGCAAAAAGUGCACAAAGAUUUAAUCAAGGACUUGUUAAUAGAAUAGUGAAAAAACAAGGUACACCUAAAAGACCAACACCACCUGAAAUUUACAUGUUUGCCCUUUUAGAUGAAGAUGCUAAAAGUAUUGAUCCUGGCCCUUUUGAGAGACAUUGGGGAAUUUUCAAUUUUGAUGGUUCCAUGAAAUACCCUUUAAAUCUUGGUAGUGGAAAAUCACUUGUUGGUGCAAGAGGUGUUAAAUAUUUGACAAAACAAUGGUGUGUUAUUUCAUCUAAUACAAAUGUUUUAGAUCCUAGUUUUGCAGAAAGUAUGAGUAAAGCUUGUACUUAUGCUGAUUGUACAUCUCUUGCUCCUGGUUCUUCUUGUAGUGGUUUAGACACAAAGGGUAAUGCUUCAUAUGCAUUUAAUAUGUAUUAUCAAACAUUGGAUCAACGAAAAGAUGCAUGUCAAUUUAAUGGUCUAUCAGUUGUUACCAACAUUGAUCCUUCACCUUCUCAAGGUACUUGCCAUUUUGAGAUUAUGAUUGAUAUAGGUAAGCAUGAAAGUAAAUCUACUUCUUCUGCAGCACCAAGAAUUGGAAUUGAGUAUUUUAUGGUCAUGCUGGUAUCAAGCUUCAUUAUCAUAUUAUUAUCAUUAUUUAUAUAGUCUUGUUUGAAUUGUACAUUAUUAUCUCUGUUUUUUUUUUUUUUAGUUUUGGUUUUAUUUAUCUCUAGUUUGCCAAAAAUAAAUGUACUAUUGAAAUUCAAUGAUUCUAUUCUAGAGUGACACAAUUUUUAAUCGGUCCAUAUUGUGGUACUGUUA